AUGCCAGGGCUGAUUAACUGCAAAACCUGCGCCCCGCUCCCGCUCACCGCAUCGGAGGUGACGUCGUGCGUCAGCGGCUACGCCUUUGGAAUGACAGCCUUGCUCACCUACCGCAACCCAGAAGCCCAGGCUUUUGAAGGUCUCUUCAUCUACCCCUUGGAUGAGCGCACCGCUGUUGUCGGGUUUGAGGCGGCCGUGUCCCGGCGUGCCGUCACAGCGCAGAUCAAAGACAAAGCCAAGAUAGAUGAUGCAUAUUUCGACGGUUGCAGCCUCCCUGACAGAAGAGCUCGUGAUGGAAGUGGGAGGAUCAUGAUGGAUGAGGACUUGGAAAGGAUUGUUUUUGUGGCUAACCUGGGUGUGAUUCCUCCCCUGGAAAGCAUCUCCAUCUGCAUCAGCACCUCCUCUGAGCUGCAGACACUGCCCAGUGGGGCCGUGAAGGUCCUUCUGCCAGCGGUGUGUGUCCCCAGGGUCACCCAAACGUGCACAGCUUUCACUGGGAUUCAUCUCGCUGGCAGGGACAAGAACUCCUGUGGAUCGGGGAGCCCGGAGCGAGGGAGCAGGUUGUGCCUGGCUCAGCUGCUGGAGACUGAGGCCACCAACCCCUUCGAGUACGAGUUUAGCUUCCACCUGGAGAUCCGGGGGCCGUGCUUGCUGGCAGGUGUCGAGAGCCCGACGCACAAGAUCCGAGCAGACGCUGACCCCUCCGCUCGCUCGGCCAAGAGCAUCGUGAUCACACUGGCCGAUAAACACACCUUCGACAGACCCGUGGAGAUCUUGAUCCACCCAAGUGAGCCCCACAUGCCUCACAUCUUAAUGGAAGAAGGUGAUAUGACUCCUGCAGAGUAUGAACGACACCUGAAGGGGAAGAACGAUUUCAUUAAAGGCACUAAGAAAGACCCCAGUGCUGAGAAAAAGACGGAAAUUAUCAGGAAGCGGCUGAACAAGGACAUCCCCCACCAUCCCGUCGUCAUGCUCAACUUCUGCCCCGACUUGAGGACCGUCCAGCCAGACCUCCGGAAAGCCCAGGGAGAAUUUAUCUUCCUCGUAGACCGCAGCAGGAGCAUGAGCGGCGUGAACAUCGACCGCGCCAAGGAAGCCCUGUUGGUCGUUCUCAAGAGCCUGAUGCCGGCGUGUCUCUUCAACAUCGUUGGGUUCGGAUCCACCUUCAAGACCCUCUUUCCUGCCAGCCAGACCUACUGCGAGGAGAGCCUGGCCGUCGCCUGCGAGAGCGUUGAGAGGAUCCGGGCCGAUAUGGGUGGCACUAACGUCUUGUCGCCUUUGAAGUGGGUCACCCGGCAGCCCAUCCACAGGGGCCAUCCCCGCCUGCUCUUCCUGCUAAUAAGCAACACGGGGAAGGUCCUGGAGCUGCUGCGAAGCCACUCCUGCUGCACCAGGUGCUACAGCUUUGGCAUCGGGCCGAAUGCCUGCAGGAGGCUGGUUGGGGGGCUGGCUGCCGUGUCUGGGGGCAUCGCUGAGUUCCUGGCUGAAGGCGAGAGGCUGCAACCCAAAGGACAACGGCCCAUGAUCAAGGCGCUGAAGAAGGCGAUGGCGCCGGUCCUGAGCGACGUGUCUGUGGAGUGGGUCUUUCCUGAGAGCACUGAGGUCUUGGUUUCUCCCAUCAGCACCAGUUGCCUCUUCCCCGGUGACCGCCUGGUUGGCUACAGCAUCGUCUGUGACACCUCCCUGUACAUCUCCAACCCCAGAUCCGAUAAAAGGCGACGCUACAGCAUGAUGCAUUCCCAGGAGUCGGGCAGCUCCGUUUUCUUUCACUCCCAGGAUGAAGGAGCAGGCAUGGAGACCUGGAACCACUCCAGGGACUCAGAGGGCUGCUGUCCCGCUGAGCGUGUCCCAGAUCGCCUGGUGGUGGGCAGAGAUCCCGAGGGAGAAUCGGACACGGACGCCGGAACAGACGUGAAGGCUUCCUCCAGGAGACGGGCGUACAGCACCACCCAAAUCGCCGACCACCAGCCUUGCAAGAAGGUGCCCACGGCCAGCGAUCCCGGCACUGCCCUGUUGAAAAACCCCCUGCGCAAAACCCACCUGCAGAACCUGCAGCAGGUCAGCCCCGAGCCCUGGCAGGUGGAGUUCCAG